AUGGCGCCUUCUGAACCUUUCCUUGAGCAUCAGAUUAUCAAGAAGUACUUGCAGAAUGUUGUGCCUGGCUGCCUUGAAGAUCGUGUGAAACACCUGUGGACCCAGAUCCUGCGGCAUUACUUCCCCCUCGAGGAAAAUUAUGGCAUAGAAAGGGAGCCAUAUGCCUCAGAGAGCGGGCUCGGCGCCGUCGACCUACUUGUCACCGGGUUACUCCGUCGGGAAAUCUACAAAGUGCUGUUUUUGGAGGCCAAGCGCGCUCCUUCCAGCGGAGGCAACAUUACUCUACAGGCGUGGAGGGAAGCUCACGAUCAGUUGCAGCGGAAUAUCAACAAGUGGGGUCACAGAAAGAGCAACAUUCCUGUUUAUGGGCUUGUUGUCAUCGGGCACUAUGUAAGAUUCUACGUUAUUGGCUGCAAUCAGGUCAGUCUGGCCCCCUUUGAACGUCAAGAAACUUUGUCGCUUAAGACCAAUGCAAACCGUGUACAUGAUCUGCUUUCCUCUAUGGAGACUCUGAUCGCGACAAGUUUGAAGUGA